UGAUAAGAGAAAAUAAAUAGAAAAAAUGGUGACUAGUCCUCGAACGGAUUCGUUUGAUUAUCGGACGGAGCUUCUAUCACCACCUCCACCGGGGGAAGGGGUGCCGGCGGUGGAAGGCAUACCAUCAUGGAGAAUUAAUAUGGAUAAAAUUCAAUUGCCGGAAAAACGUGUCGAAACUCAUCGUUUUGGCCUUACACAUGUUUUCAGAACGAAGAGACAAAGACAAAUUGCAGAAUACUACAACAGGCAGGAAAAGCUUCUUGAAUCGUUCAAUGAAGUGGACUCCUUCUCUGAGCUUGGAAUUUUGCCUGACGCUUUGACAAAGAAAGAAGAAAAAGAAGUAGAAAGGAACGAGAAGUUAGCAAUCUACGCGUCAAACAUAGCAAAUAUGGUACUUUUCGUGGCAAAGGUAUAUGCUUCAGUUGAGAGUAAAUCAAUGGCAGUGAUAGCAUCAACAGUGGACUCUCUCCUAGAUCUCUUGUCUGGUUUUAUCCUCUGGUUUACUGAUUAUGCUAUGAGAACUCCCAAUCACUAUAGAUAUCCCAUUGGCAAGCAAAGGAUGCAACCUGUGGGAAUAGUGGUAUUUGCAUCAGUAAUGGCAACUCUAGGGUUACAGAUAUUAUUUGAAUCAGGAAGGCAACUGAUCACCAAGGCUCAGCCAGAAAGGGAUCCUAACAAAGAGAAAUGGAUGAUUGGGAUAAUGGUUUCAGUUACGGUAGUGAAGCUAUUUCUGACAGUAUAUUGUCGGAGAUUCAAAAAUGAAAUAGUAAGAGCAUAUGCUAAGGAUCAUCUCUUUGACGUGGUUACCAACUCCAUUGGCCUUGCCGCUGCCGUUUUAGCUAUCAAAUUCUAUUGGUGGAUUGAUCCACUUGGAGCUAUACUUAUAGCUUUAUACACAAUAAAAAAUUGGUCGGGUACUGUCAUGGAGAACGUAUGGUCAUUGAUAGGAAGAACAGCUCCGCCGGAGUAUUUAGCAAAGCUGACAUACCUUAUUUGGAAUCACGAUGAGAAGAUAAAGAACAUAGACACCAUUAGAGCAUACACAAUUGGAUGUCAUUAUUUUGUGGAAGCAGAUAUUGUCUUGCCUGAAGAUAUGUCUCUUUGUCAUGCACAUAACAUUGGAGAAAAACUUCAAGAAAAGCUUGAACAGCUUCCUGAGGUCGAACGAGCUUUUGUUCAUGUGGAUUUUGAAUCAACUCAUUAUCCGGAACAUAAACCCAAGAGAACUAAUUAAUCUAUUUUACUGUUAUUUUCUCUCAAUUUUGUGAACCGUUUAGUUUUAAUUAGUGUGGUUGCUUUUUCUUCUUCUUUUUUUUUUGUUUUCUUUUAAAUUGUAUUGAAAACAUAAAUUUAAUAUUAAUAAAUAGA